AUGUCGUCGUUCAAUCUAUUCUCCACCCCACAACAACAACAACAGCAGCAGCAACAGCAGACAACGACUCCUUCUCCUUUCCAAACGCAGCAACAGCCGUCGUUUCAGCCGCAGACCAAUUCCUUCUUCCCCCAACAACAACAGCAAACGCCGUCGUUUCAACCGCAACAGUUCCAGCAACAACAACCACAACAACAACAGCAGCAAGUACAACAGAUGUAUCUGUUCACUAACGACAAAACACCGGCGAGUUACAGUACGAAGUGGGCCGAUCUUCAUCCCGAUUCUCAAAAACUCCUCCUCCAGAUUGAAGAGAAGAUAUUGGAGUCAAGAAGUGAGAGUCAGAGGUUAGACCAAUGCAGCAGACUUUAUGAUUCCUCUGUUUCCACCGAAGGUUUCGAGUUUGAUGCAAGCCGCAUUAUUCAGGAGCUUGGUGGGAUUAAUACUACCAUGGACAGACAGAAAGCUGUUCUCCAUGAGCUAAUGGUGGUUGUUAAAAACAUGCUGCGUGAUUCAGAGCUUGUUGUUCGUUCUUUCAUGAUGCUACAGCCGAGGUUCCCUCAUUCUAAUCCUGGUGGAGGAGGAGCUGUUGGUAUUGGUGGUUCUCAGUCGUCUCAGGCGCAAGGAGCUAAUCCUGGUGCAGCUUCCUCUGGUCAACAACAGGCAGUUGCUUCCGUUGUUCAGGUUUCUGACUUUUACCGUGGGGUUCCAAGGAAACCGACUGUUUUUCUACAGCAAACUGUUGCAAGGUUUGAGAAGUAUCUAAGCGAGUGUAGACAGUGGGUUGAGGAGUUGGAGCAGUUGCUUGCUUUGGAUUCUGACAAGUAUAGUCGAAAUGCUUCUCUUUUGGAGUCUCUUCCUAAAGUCAUCUCUAAUGUGCAUGACUUCUUUGUUCAUGUCGCUGCUAAGGUAGAGAAUAUUCACCAGUACAUUGAAUCGAUGAGGACAGCGUAUCUUGCUGACCAGCGCCGGAGAGGAGAAUUCCAUGAUCCGUUUCUUGAGGCUGAUCGUAGGGAAACAGCAAAACAAGAAGCUGCUGCUAAAAGGGUCCACCCAACUCUGCAUCUACCUGCUAAUACUACUACAACCCAAGUUGCUGGAUUGCUUACCAGCUCAGCGACUCCUGGGGCUUCAAAUGCUCCACAAACAUCUGCAGCCAUUCCAACACCAAACCCUUCUUCAGGAGCUGGCUUGUUUAACACCCCUGCUUCUGCUCCUUCGAAUUCUCUCUUUGCUACACCAUCUUCUGCUGCUCCUGCCUCUUCUUUGUUUGGACCAGCAACUACUCCCUCGCAGACAUCACUCUUUGGUUCUACUCCAGCUCCUGCAUUUGGUUCUUCUUCAUCUUUGUUUGGCCAGCCAACUCCAUCACUUUCUGCUACGCCUUCACAGUUUGCAGGUAUUACACCGGGUUCAGGAGCCAGCUUCGGUUCUAUGACUAAAUCUUCAAGGCCAAAAUCUAGAACUUCACGCCGUUAG